AUGAGCGCGGAGGCGGCGGACCGGGAGGCGGCCACCUCCAGCCGGCCCUGCACCCCGCCGCAGACCUGCUGGUUCGAGUUCCUGCUGGAGGAGUCGUUGUUGGAGAAACAUCUGCGCAAGCCCUGCCCGGAUCCUGCACCAGUUCAACUUAUAGUCCAGUUUUUGGAACAGGCUUCUAAACCUUCAGUUAAUGAACAGAACCAGGUUCAACCUCCACCUGAUAACAAGAGAAAUCGUAUUUUAAAGCUUCUUGCUCUUAAAGUUGCUGCACAUUUGAAGUGGGACUUAGACGUAUUAGAGAAAAGUAUGAAUCAGAUGCAACAGGAGAAAGAGCUAACAGAAAAUAUUUUGAAAGUGCUAAAAGAACAAGCUUCUGAUUCUAUCUUGGUACUAGAGGCAGCCCUUAAAUUAAACAAGGAUCUUUAUGUCCACACGAUGAGAACGCUAGAUUUAUUGGCCAUGGAGCCAGGCUUGGUAAAUGGAGAGACUGAGAGUUCCACUGUUGGACUGAAAAUCAAAACCGAGGAGAUGCAGUGCCAGGUGUGUUAUGAUUUGGGUGCAGCAUACUUCCAGCAAGGCUCUACAAAUCCAGCUGUCUAUGAAAAUGCCAGAGAAAAAUUUUUUAGAACCAAAGAAUUAAUUGCAGAGAUAGGUUCAUUAUCUCUUCAUUGUACCAUAGAUGAGAAGCGGUUAGCUGGCUAUUGUCAAGCGUGUGGUGUUCUUGUACCUUCUUCUGAUAGUGCAUCUCAGCAAUUGACUCCAUAUAGUCAAGUCCAUAUUUGUUUGAGAUCUGGCAACUAUCAGGAGGUAACAAAGAUUUUCGCUGAAGACAAUUUAACCUUCAGUUUACCUGUGCAGUUCCGGCAGUCAGUCCUAAGAGAGCUCUUUCAGAAAGCUCAGCAGGGAAAUGAAGCUCUAGAUGAAAUCUGUUUUAAAGUCUGUGCCUGUAACACAGUCCGUGAUAUAUUGGAAGGUAGAGCGAUUGGUGUUCAAUUUAACCAGCUAUUUCUUAGACCUAAUAAAGAGAAAAUAGACUUUCUUCUUGAGGUAUGUUCAAGAUCAAUAAAUUUAGAAAAAGCUUCAGAUUCUUUGAAAGGAAACAUGGCUGCUUUUCUAAAGAAUGUGUGUCUGGGGUUGGAAGACCUGCAGUAUGUUUUCAUGAUUUCUUCACAUGAGCUUUUCAUUACAUUGUUGAAAGAUGAAGAACGAAAGCUACUUGUUGAUCAGAUGAGGAAGAGAUCCCCUAGAGUAAAUCUGUGCAUUAAACCAGUAACUUCAUUUUAUGAUAUCCCAGCCUCAGCAAGUGUCAACAUUGGCCAAUUGGAGCAUCAGCUGAUAUUGUCAGUAGAUCCCUGGAGGAUUCGACAGAUUUUAAUUGAAUUACAUGGUAUGACUUCAGAGCGCCAGUUCUGGACAGUGUCUAAUAAGUGGGAAAUACCUUCUGUCUAUAGUGGUGUUAUCCUGGGAAUCAAAGACAAUUUAACAAGAGAUUUGGUUUACAUUCUAAUGGCCAAAGGUUUACACUGCAGUACUGUUAAGGACUUUUCCCAUGCUAAACAGCUAUUUGCUGCUUGUUUGGAGUUGGUGACAGAAUUCUCACCAAAACUUCGUCAGGUCAUGCUGAAUGAGAUGCUGCUUUUGGAUAUUCAUACACAUGAAGCUGGAACAGGGCAAUCUGGAGAGAGACCGCCUUCUGAUCUUAUUAGUAGGGUGCGAGGAUAUCUGGAAAUGAGGCUUCCUGAUAUUCCUCUUCGUCAAGUUAUUGCCGAGGAGUGUGUUGCUUUUAUGUUAAACUGGAGGGAAAAUGAAUACCUUACCCUGCAAGUUCCUGCAUUUCUGCUUCAGAGUAAUCCAUAUGUAAAGCUUGGACAGCUUUUAGCAGCUACAUGCAAAGAACUUCCAGGCCCUAAAGAAAGUAGACGGACUGCUAAAGACCUUUGGGAAGUUGUUGUUCAGAUCUGUAGUGUGUCCAGUCAACACAAACGAGGAAAUGAUGGCAGAAUUAGUUUAAUAAAGCAGAGGGAGUCUACAUUAGGUAUAAUGUAUCGGAGUGAACUGCUUUCUUUUAUCAAAAAAUUACGGGAACCGUUGGUUUUGACUAUUAUUUUAUCACUCUUUGUGAAACUUCACAAUGUUCGGGAGGACAUUGUGAAUGAUAUUACAGCCGAACACAUUUCUAUCUGGCCAUCCACCAUCCCCAACCUCCAGUCCGUGGACUUUGAAGCCGUGGCUAUCACAGUGAAAGAGCUAGUUCGGUAUUCCCUCAGUAUAAACCCAAACAACCAUUCCUGGUUAAUUAUUCAGGCAGACAUUUAUUUUGCAACAAAUCAGUAUUCGGCAGCUCUUCACUAUUACCUCCAGGCAGGAGCUGUGUGUUCUGAUUUCUUUAAUAAGGCUGUGCCCCCAGAUGUUUAUACAGACCAGGUAAUAAAACGAAUGAUAAAGUGCUGUUCUUUGCUGAAUUGCCACACACAGGUGGCAAUUUUAUGUCAGUUCCUCAGAGAGAUUGACUACAAAACAGCCUUUAAAUCACUGCAGGAACAAAACAGUCAUGAUGCUAUGGACUCCUACUAUGACUACAUAUGGGAUGUUACCAUUUUGGAAUACUUGACUUAUCUUCAUCACAAAAGAGGAGAAACAGAUAAAAGACAAAUUGCGAUAAAAGCCAUCGGCCAGACAGAAUUGAACGCAAGCAACCCAGAAGAAGUGUUACAGCUGGCAGCGCAGAGAAGGAAAAAAAAGUUUCUUCAAGCAAUGGCAAAACUUUACUUUUAAGCAGUUAGUUAAAAUUUUUUGACUUUUAUUUUUUAAACAAUGGGCUAAAAAUAAACAGUAUUAAAAGAUUAAGUUUACAUAAUA